CUUAAAUAGCAUCAAUGCAUAGGAGACUAGGUGAACAAAUGAUAAGUUCAGCAAGGAAGAAGAAAAAUCAGGAGAAAUAUUCUACGAUUUCUCCUAAUAAUACGCAUGAGUUCUCACCAAGGAUUCCGAAAGUUCCAUCAGGGAAAAAUAGCAAGCAGAUGAAUUACCUAAAAGCCAACAUUAACAAUAAAAGGGCAGGAUUACAAUCAGCCAAGGUCACUAAUACUUUUAAUAACAAGAAGUCCCUAUUCCCAAGCAACAAUCUUGCUCAGAUCAAGAAUGACUGUUCUAGUAAUGACAUUUUGCCACCAAUAUUAGCAACAACUAAGAAUAAUAAUAUUCGUGGCCCCGGGAUUACUAAGAAAAGAUCCAGUGACAAGAACCAUUUCAAUGAAUCGAUAAGUACAAACACAACCGGACUAAACUCUAAUCAAUUGUGCUGAAGUAAAAUUACACGGAUGAACUCUGGAGAAAUCUCAACUCUCAAUUCCGUCAAAGGCUCCAAAUAAACAGAUCUUGAGCGGCAUAAACAAGGUUAUACCUAGAAAUGACACUAGCGAACGAUUAAGAGUCAAUCAAGAAUUUGAAAGUAAUAAAAGAGCGAGGUCAAUUUCCCCAUUUAGCAACCAAUCUAAGAAAAGGGGUAGUAUAAAGGACGUACGGAUCAUAAAAGAUAUCAAGAAAAGUAGAAUUGGUUCAAACCAAAGAGUAACACAGCAAAAUCCUACAAAAGCAAUUGUGAACCAGAAGUUCAUACCAAGAAAGAAAAUAAGUAUCUCAAAAGCGAGAAAUCAUGCUUCCCGAUCAAAAGAGCUUAUCCCAAAUUCUCAAAAUAAACUAAAUAACUUUGAAAGUCUUGAAGGAAGCAUCAUGGAAGAGAGUCUCCAAGAGAUCAACCGAGAUUCAAAGUUUUCCCACUACAGUAACACUAAUUCACAGAAUGCUUCUAAGUACAACAGCGCAUACUACUCAGAUGAAAGUAAGAAGUCAAAUAAAUAUAUUUCAAAAAUACCGAACAAGAGGAAAAUUCCAAAUUCUUCAUUUGGAGCCUCUCCUUCUGAUAAAGUUCCACAGAAGUGGAAGUAUCCAAACAAUCUCUUAGACAACUCUGUAGAAGGUCCUACCAUCCUGGUUAAUGAUGCAGACCAUCUCCAUGUAAUUCAAGAAGUGAAGCCUAGAAAGAGUAAAAUUCAGGCCACUCAUCUGAGAAAGAAGGAAAGAGGGCCUCUUCUUGGGAACUACAAAAAGAGAGCCUAUGAGAUUGAAAAACAAAAGAAAACAAUCCAGCAGAUAGAGAACAAAUAUAAAGAGUAUUCCAGUUACAUAAAUCCUCUGAAGCUUUCGGAGAAACGCCAUCCUGGUAGAAACAAGGGAUUCUCAUGAGAGAAUAAGAAAACUCUAGAUAAAAGAAAUUGUGUUCCUAAGAUCGCACCCCAAGCUCCGAACUAUCGGAAAAAUAGGAAUACUUCGGCCAUUCGCAAAAAUUUGAAACCGAAAAAUUCAGCUAUUUCUCAUUAUACUAAAGAGAUUAGAGGAAAAGAGCUCUUCUCAGAUACUAGUGUACCUGGAAAUACACCAAUAGAAUCUGAAAGAAAGCAAUUUCAACAGUUCCAAGUACCGGAUACAAAGGAUACUAGUUUUAACCGUAAGAGGCCUAUAAAGACUAAUUUCCUUCAAAGUCCUGCUUCCGCUUUAAAGCCAAUUUCUCUUUCACAGACACAUUCCAAGAUACAGCCUCCACCAAUUAUCGCUCUUAAACCAGCUAUCUCUAAAAAGCCAGCCAAAGUGACUGAUCCGCUUAGCAAAUUUGACCAUAAUUAUCUCCAAAAAGAGGCAUCUAAAAUAGAAGAAAACCUCCCUGAAAAUUCUGGCUCAGAAGCUUCAGAAGAAGAAUCCAACUUCGAAGAAGAAUCCAAGAGAUUCAACAAUGACUACUUUCAGAUGUUUGCCACUGGAGACCAACACAAUAGGAGUAAGUCCAAAGAUGGAGAUGACUUGGAAGACAAUUUUGAAGAGAUUGAAGAAAACAUAAUAGAUGAAAUCCAAGAAGAGAUUUAUUCAGACACUUUCUCCCAAGUAUCUCGUAAAUCAAAACGGAUGACCGGAGGGUUUAAAACAAAAAAGAACCCUAAAGAAAUGGAAGAGAAUCCUUACCUUUAUUUUGCCAAGAAGGCUCAAAUGAGAAUGAAAGCUAAAUGUAGUGGGAAAAAGGCAUCUAAAGUAUCAACUCUGGCUUCAAAACAGUCUAUAAUUUCGAAUGACGGACUAGGAGGGUGUAAAAGGUUACCAACUGACCAAAGCGAUUCUGUAUAUGGAGAGUCUCCUCUGAAGGACAUUCAGAUGAAGCAAUAUAGUAUAGGCUACAGACCGUUCUCCCCUCCUUUUGCUAAUAUGAAUAAUGAUCCUUCUGAAAUAGAGGAUAUUGUCGAUGCAGACUUUGUUCCAACCAAAAAUAUUGACUAUUUGUAGGGAGCUUAAUAAUCCCUAAAUUGAACCUAAGCAUUUCAAUAGU